AUGCAACCAUUUCCAGCUUUCUCUGCAUCACCACUUACGUCCCCAACAAAAUCGGUUCUUCAAAAGCAGCCUCGUUCUCCCUUGAACCAUCAGCAAUGCUUACCUACACCAUUGGCAUUAAUGACAUCUACAGACUCAGAUCUGCAGAAGAAGUCUGUGCGAUCACAGGUAGCAAAGUUGAGCAUUUCGGAAACUGAUGCAGCCAAGAAAGAUCUAAUGGCUAAGAUUUCAGGUACAUGCGCGCUAGAAUGGCGAGAUUCUGGGGAACCAAUGAAUGAACCUAGGAGGGAAGAAUCAACACCAACAUGGGCAGGUGAUGUUACAGUGUUGGGUUCAAAGAGAAGGAGGAGAUCAAGUGCCGUGCCUGCACAGCAGUCAAUAGCACAUCAGUCCCUAGGUAAGUUGCGUCAGGGAAGCUCUAGCACGUCGUCGUUGGUGGUGCCCAAUAAAAAGAAAAAGCCAGCAAAGCCAGCAUCCUUCAAAUUGAAUGAAAAGGCUAGUCAAAAACCGUUGUCUAUCAAAGACAUACGUGAUUUGGUCCAAUAUAUAUUCCACGAUACGAACAACACACCCAACUGGGCUACUAUAGAAAACAGAGCAUCUUUAAAGAAAGUGGUGGUGUUAUUUACACCUGGUCUACUACCUGAAGAUUUCAACUUACCCAAGAAUUCAACGUUUCACGAAAACUUCAAAAUGUUACAGACUACUAACCUAAGGGCCAUUGAUGGCAAUGAGCAGAUGUGCAAGCAAAUAUACAAUUUACCGCUAUCUGCUCCAGGCUCCAAGUGUUCAUUAUUUUCUGCCUAUAACUCUUUUGUCAAUGUUGGGUUAACAAAGAAGGAAAAAAUUGCCAAGCUGGAACAACUAAAUAAGAAAAAGAUUACUUUACUAGAUUUGUUAAUGACUAUUGAUGACUUGUUGCAUAAUGAGUACCCUAUACAUUUAGAUACAUCUGGCUUAUCGGAGGAGUACAGGAAAGUCCUUAAUGAAAAAUAUCAAAGUGAGGAGUACAGUGGAUGGGUAGAUACAGUGAAAUUCGGACAUGAGGGAUCUCAUACGUUUGCUAUUGAUUGUGAGAUGUGUUUAUCUACAGAUGGAUAUGUUUUGACUCGUGUGAGUGUUGUAGAUUUUGAGUGCAAUUUGAUCUAUGAUAAAUUGGUUAAACCAGAUGUACCUAUCGUGGACUAUCUAACGAAAUACAGUGGAAUAACCGAAGAAAAGCUAAAAGGUGUAACAACUACGUUAAAAGACGUGCAGAGGGAUCUCCUAAAGAUAAUUAGCUCGACUGAUGUGCUUAUUGGUCACUCUUUGCAAUCUGACUUGAACAUAUUAAAUAUCAGACAUCCAAUGGUUAUUGAUACUUCUAUAAUUUAUGAACAUAAGGCGGGACCUCCAUUCAAACCAGCGUUAAGAUAUUUGGCUGAUGAAUACUUGAACAAACAAAUCCAAAAUGAUGACGCUAAUGGGCAUGAUUCUUUUGAGGAUGCUAUGACUUGUAUGGAACUUACCAAAUUGAAGAUAGCAAAUGGAUUAACAUUUGGAAUUGGUAUAAACACUGAAAAUUUAUUUCAAAGACUAACAAAACAGGGAGUCAAAUCAAUGACUUUAAGCGAUUCCACCUUACGGCAGAGCCAACAAUUCAAAACCUCACCUGGGCUUGAGACUUCAUUGAAGUGUGAGGAUGACGAACAGAUUAUACAGGGAAUUCUUGGAAAUAUGGAGGAAGGCAAUUUAUUUGUCGGCAGAAUGAGGGAGUUAGAGUAUGCGAGAGAAUUCGUUAAAUCAAAAACCGAGGACCAGGGAAUUAAAUCUGUAGAGGAAGCAGUCAAAAAUUUGGGAGUUAGGUUACAAAAAUUGUAUACGGCAUGUCCUACAUCUACCAUGAUUAUCGUUUGUUCUGGUAAUGGGGACCCAAGAGAUUGGGUCAAGUUAAUGGAGGAAUUCAAUGAACUGAACAAAGAAGAAAAAGCAACAGCUAGGAGAGAACGCGAGGAAGAAAUUCAAAAUGCUGUAUUAAAAGCCAGGGAUGCCGUCACUUUGCUCAUGAUUAAGCAAUAA